ACGAUUGUUUUAUAUCGAUGGUUGAAAUGACUUUAACUCAUAAAAGCUAGCAGAGGAAAUGAUAAAAAGAAAUAAUACGAAUGUAAAAAUUAUUAUUAUUAUCAUUAUUAUUAUUUAAAAUUUAGAUGAAAAAAUAUGAGAAAUUAAUCAGCGUUUGAAGAGAAAAAAAGAAAAUCAGUGUUAACUAUCAUCAAUUAAAAAUUUAAUUUAUUAAAAGAAUGGUCACCCCGUGGAGUGAAAUUUCAUAUCCGAUGAUAAUUUUUAAAGGUUAAUAAUCCUUGAUAUUCGCGUCGAAUAAACAUCCAUCUCUCACUUUUCCCUACUUUUUGCUGCUUUUUCGCACGAAAAUACGUAACUCGAGUCGACGAUGAUCUCUCUGGGCGCAUUAGUGUGUAAAUAACUGGAUAAUAAUUAUGGCCGCUUAACGCGCGAAAUGCGCUCUGCGAAGAGAUCGUUGGAUAAAAUGUUCCUUCGAAAUCGAGGUCAUAAAUUCUAUUGCCGUGUUAUAUCCACGAAGAGAAUUCAUUUUUACAUUUAAAAAGAAUUUCUCUUCUCGUUUCGUUCAUUUCUUCGAAUUUUAUUUCUUACGAAAUUUAAAAUCCUUUUGUUUAAGAAGAAGAACGAUGUUCAAACUUUGGCGCGCAAACUUUUGAACAAACGUCGAAGCAGGUAAAGUAAUAAUAGUUAAAUAAUAGCAAAUACGAAGGAAAAGUUUUAACAAUUUAUUACAUUACCAGGUAAAAUUUUCUACGUUGUAUAUAAAUGUUAAACAAAUGAUUAUUAUAUUAUUAUACGUGAGCCUUUGUGUAGCUGGUAUAAUGGAAAAUUUUCAAAAAAUUUCUAUUGGAUCAGGCUGCAAUUAUCUGGCAACCGACUUUUCCGGGUCGGAUGUAUUUUUAAUCCUUCCAUCGAGAUGUGGUUUACGACUCUGACGUCAAACAGCCAAAGCGUGGAUGAUUUGCACACGGAUACUUCGGCAAAUCGCCAAUACAAAGAUCGAUCGAUCACGAUGAGUCUCUAGUUGCUUUUUGACGGAUUAAAGUAAAUAACAUCGUCUUUUUUUUUUCAACAGAUCGUCCGAAUCUAUUGUCCUUUCGAUCGUCCUUAUCUACUAAUUUAUACCUUAAUUUUUUAUUCUCGAAUGAUUAUCGAGCGAAUAUGUCGUUAAAUUUCUUUUAAAAAAAUUCGAUUGUUCGAUCAGUUGACCUAAUUCUAUGUAUGAAUUUAAAACGUUAUAUUUUACGUCUUCCUUCACACGAGAGAGACAAGACUCGAGUUCUCGCUCGAACAAUGAUCCCGAAAUGUUUCCGUACUCGUCGGUGGGUAAACCGGUCUUUUAAGAGGCGAGCAAGGAGAUCGAACCCAUGACACUGUUCCUGUCUCUUGGUACCGACCACUUAUUUUCGGUUCGUACGAAUUCAAUGGCAAGCGACGUUGGCCAUUUGCCAAUGGUGCCUCGACUAACUGCCGUUGUUCUAUCUUUUAAAUAGUCGUCUAUCCCGUUAAAGUUUCUUUGAACUUUACCAACGAAGUGACGAUGUACGGAAGAAAUAUGAUUUGGCUGUAAUGAGUCACACUAAUGGAUACGUGUAAUAUUUUCCACUGACGAGGAACCUUAACAGAUCUCCAUUUUACGAGUGAUUAAUAUGUACCUAAUCUCACAGAUUGUAUGUUAGAACCUUUUUUUCUCUAAUAAAUUUGCAAAUAAUUAUUCGAACUUUUUUUACUAUUGAAAGGAAAGAAGAAAAUAUUCUUUAUUUAAGUAAGAAGAAAAAAUAAUAAUACGACGACUAUUAUUAAUCAAUCUAAUAGUUGCAUAAUAAACAGAAAUUGUAUUGCGUUUUGGAUUUACUUUCGUAAAAACAUAUCGAUCGAUUAAGUUUCAAAUAAAUAGUAAUGAAAUCUAACGCACCGUGGCGCUUCUGUCGCCAAAUGUAUUCUAUGACGCCAUGAACGUAUCUUGAUGUUCUCGAUCUAUUGAACGUUUCAUAUAUCGUCUAGUUUAUUAGGAAUUUAUUAAGAAUACGAGAACAUUGUUAAAAAUAAAACAAUGUUUAUUAUUGGGAUGUGUCACUUAAUAAUUUUUUUAUAUUAGAUGAAAAAUUAUCGACGAUUGUUUUUGUAACGUGCUCAUUGGUUAUUUCCUUAGUCCGUAUAUAAUAAAGACCAAUAAGAAAACGCAAAAUUUUCUGUUGGGUUAUGAUACAUUCGAAUUAUUGUCACGUGAUUGUUUUAAAGUGAUUUUAUUUAUUUUAAACGUUUGUUACAAUUAGAUAAAUAUCAAACGAAUAUAUUUUUUGUCAAUAUAGAUAAAAAUAAGUUUUUCAUACCUCGUCUAAUAUUUUUACGAUUUAAUUUUUCUUAAGCUAACGAGAGUCUUACAUCUAAGCAAUCGUAAAGUGAUUGUUUAAAACGUUUGGAAGUUAUCAAAACUACUUGUUCAGUCUUUUCGAAAAUUUAAUACCCAUACGCUUUGUAAUUCUCUCUCUCUAUUUCUCUCUUUAUUAAAUCAGUAUUUCAAAAUUGUUAACAACAUUAAAUUAUAAACAUUCUGUGUGUUGUUUGUGUGUUUUAAAGUUUAAUGUGCGAAGAAGAAUGUGUUAGAAAUUCAUGGAGUUAACAAAUCUAAUUAAAUAUAAAAAUGAUCGCAGUAUUAAUUGUUAUUUAUAUACAUGGUUCAUUAGCACUAGAAGGAAGCGAAGUUCUAAAAAAUCUAGGAAAAAAACAGUACACAUUGUUAACAACUAAAUCAUCUUUAUCACAACAUGGAUUAUGUUGGUAUAAUGCACUUAAAUCAAUAAAAAAUAGUUGUGAAAAUUUAAAUGAUAAUGAACAUUCUCUCUUAGCUUUAAAAUUAGCUAAUUGUUUUUUAGAAGAUUCUGGUCAUACCUCUUACGAUUGUCAUUUGAGUGUAUCAGAAGAUAUUCGAAAAGAGUGUAUUAAUCAAAUGUCAGAUAGAGCAUUCAAUGUAUAUAAUGAAUUUUAUACACAUACAACACAUAUUUGUUUUUUUUUAAAUUAUGAAGCAUGGCAAGUAGAAACUGACAAUACCAUUAAAUCAUUAUAUAAAGUUUCUUCUCAAAUGAAGGAACAGUUAUUAGAGGCAUCAGAAUUGCAAAGUGCAAUGCUGAAGAGUCAAAAAGAAGGAUUAAAAAUUCAAAAUGAAAUUUUAGAUCAUGGUAAAGAACUUGGAAAUGUAUUAAAAUCUUCAUCUGAAACUGUAAAUGAUAUGGUUAUGGAAUUUAAAGAAUCAGCAAAAGAUCAGAAGGAAUUACUCUAUGAGAUUUUUUCUUAUAUACGUACUUUUCAAAAUUGGAUUAUUGGAGAAGUAUCUUGGUUCCAAUCAAUUAUUUAUUAUACUAUCAGUUGUAUUCUCUGUGCAUUGUUUAGUUCAGCUAGAAGAACUGCAGAUGCGCGUGUUGCACUUUUUACAAUUCUAAGUUUAAACAUUACAAUAGAAAGAAUGUUAGUUCAAUAUUAUGACAACACUGUACAUCAUUCUACACAUGACAAGGUAGAAAUAAUAUAUGUGACUUGGUCAAUAAGAAAAAUAUGUUUAACAUUAUGUGCAGUUACGUUACUGUAUACAUAUUACUGUUAUAAAGACAAGCAAUUAGAAAGUUUUCAUGCUCUUAGACGAAUAGAAAAUCGAUUAAAUAGAAUGCAAAUAAUUACACCUACUAAUGGUAAUCAGGCCUAUAAUAAGCCUAUUCGUCAUUCUGAAAGAUUAGCUAUUAAACGUUUGCAUGCUGCUUCUGUGAAAGAGCAUGAUUCAAAUUGUUUUACAUUAAAUAAAUAAAUUGAUUCAUAUAUAUGUAUAUAUCUUUUUUGAAAUUAAUAUCUUUUUUAAUAUUAUUAUUUAAUAUAAGAAAUGGAAAUAUGUAUAAUACAAUUUUUAUAAUUAAUAUUUCUGAAUUUUUUUCUAAAAUUAAUAAUAGAUUUUGGGAAUUAUUUUAGAAAGCUAUAAUAUAUACAAAAAUGUAUAUAUCCUGAUUUAUUUCUAAAUAUUUAUUUGAUACUUAAUGAACAUAAA